AUGGUGGAAGAGAUCAUUGUGGGCUUAGAGGACACGAUAACACAAAUUGUUAGCAAGCUUGUUGGAGGACCAAACUACCUCCAGAUUAUUUCCAUCGUCGGAAUGGGUGGACUUGGCAAGACAACUCUAGCAAAGAAAAUAUACGAUCAUUCCAACGUUCGGUACUAUUUUGAUAAGCUUUCUUGGUGUGCUGUUACUCAAACUUAUAAGAAAAAGCUAUUGAACGAUAUUUGGAGCUCCUUGAGUAACCUUAAAAAAGACGAUAAUUCAAAAAUGGAAGAUGAAGAGUUGGACGAACAUAUUUACAAAAGUUUAAAGGGUAGAAGAUACCUCAUUGUUAUGGACGAUCUAUGGGAUAAAGAAGCGUGGGAAGAUUUGAAAAGGUUAUUUCCAGAUGACAAAAAUGGAAGCAAAGCAGAAUUUUCAACCUAUUCUCGGUUGUACAAAUUUCAUAGCUGUAAUUAUGGAUAA